CUUUUACUUCCGGCUGCGUACACGGCCAUCGCGCUUGAUUUCGUCGAACUCUCUGGCUGGUUCUCCGCAGUUCGUCACCUCGUCGUCCGUGUAUUUGAUCGCCCGUGUAAAUUCACCCGCGUCCAUCCGCUCUACGCAUCGUCGCCCACCUGCGCUCCCGCAGUUCUAUAUCAUCCGAGGGGUCUCUUUUGUUUGUCGUAUGUCCAUCCAGAAUCUCAACACAUUCGACCCCUUUGCAGAUGCAAUCAAGGGUUCAGAUGAUGACGUCCAGGACGGCCUCGUGCAUAUAAGGAUCCAGCAGCGGAAUGGUCGUAAAACCUUAACAACGGUGCAAGGACUCUCCUCGGAAUAUGACUUGAAGAAAAUCGUGAGAGCAUGUAAAAAGGAGUUUGCCUGCAAUGGGACAGUAAUAGAGCACCCGGAGUACGGGGAGGUGCUGCAGCUGCAGGGGGACCAACGAGAGAAUAUAUGCCAGUGGCUGACAAAGUCAGGUCUGGCAAAACCUGACCAGCUGAAAGUCCAUGGUUUUUAAUCGACUUAACAGCAGCAACAACAAUCAUCAUCCAUGCCACAACUUACAACAGCAGACAGCUCCGCCCCUCGUCAGCGCUUCAUCAUUGUCUCAAAUUGAAUCUGUAUAUCAGUCACUAAACUCCUCGUGGGAUAUCCCGAUUAUAUUCUAUCACAUCAGCAUAUAAAUAUAAAUAUAUAUAAAUAUAUAUA